AUGUCGCUCUCGCCGGGUCGUUUUAUCUCUCCAACUAAUGCCUGUCUCAACGUUGCUGAGCUUCAGUGUCUCAUUGCCCGCCUUGUGGACGACAAAGCCGAUCUCGCCAAGCUGGCCUGUGUCAGCAAGUCGUUCAAGGAUCCUGCCCUCGACGCGCUCUACGCUCAUGUCGACUCGCUCGCGACAUUCAUUCAAUGUCUUCCGUCAGACUUGUGGAAGCGUAAACAUAAGCGAUCUGAAUCUUUCCGAUGGAUUGCUUUCACGCGCGAGAUGAUGCCUCGCGACUGGAGCGUGUUGCAGUCAUACGCGUCUCGAGUUCUUAGCAUCAAUGGGAUCUAUCAUGAAUACCCAUCUGGCUGCUUGACCCUCUCAACCGAAGUGUGUGAGGCGCUCUGUCGAUGUCCUAUGCAGCCCCUGUUCCCAAAGCUGCGGUCACUCAACUUGAGGAUGUCUAGUGGAGCCCAUUUGCGCAUGCUGGUCCCUGUUUUCCUGGGUUCCCAACUUCGCUCUCUGAAUCUUUUCGAGGGACAACUUACCCAGGAUCGCCUUCUCAAAUACGCUCCUGAUCUCGCAUCGACCUGCCCUUUGAUCGAGACGAUCACUUUGUCUAGCACCCCAAUGUUCUCAGUGCCUCCUAGGUCUGAAGAGCCGCAUCCCGACAUGUCUAAGGCGGUAUGUUCUUGGAGAAACCUUCGCUCUAUUUCGUGCGGACCGGUGGACAUUGCUAUGCUCGCGUAUCUCCGCGAACUCCCUUCCCUCCGCUCCUUGACUGUACACGUCGGCCCAGAGUCGCGUUGGCUUUCCUCAAAUAAGCCAGUGUUCUUCAAGAAACUCUGCUCGCUCAGCAUCACCGCCGAAGUAGCCGAGGCGGCCGUUCGGGCGCUUGACCGUCUCUUAGCAGCUCCACCCCCUAACUCUUCGCGCAAUCGCCAUUCAGACGUCCAUAACAUCAAAUGCUCAUCGCUCGUACUCUCCUCCCUCCUUCCCUUCGCUGUGUCUUUGCAAAAUCUAUGCUCGGGCAACCUCGUCAAGUUAUAUUUGUCGAAUGACGUCAGUGUCAUCAACCGCGGCGAUCCCUUCUCAUCCACACACCUUGACGCCCUUCGCGCCCUCACGUCGUUCAAAAAUCUCGAGUACCUCAAAGUCUGGUUCUGGGAGGACUUUCUCGCCGUCUCUGCCGACAACAUUCGCGACCUUGUUCGCAGCUGGCCGAAGUUGAAGACACUCUUUAUUGCCCCACUGACAAAGCAUCUCUCGCUGUCCGAGCUCAUCGAAGUCGUGCGCCUCUUGCCUCAUGCGUGCGAUGUUACCCUGCCAACCAUGGUUGAGGACGCAGAGCUCAACGCUUUGAACGCCGGACGCACGGAGAUUCCCUGCUUCGUUCGAGUCAAGCAGCUUAACCUGGGUUAUUCCCGCGCUCGCGAUUUGGACACGGCGCCCGAAACGGUACAGGCCAUGGCAUCGUUGCUAUUCCGACUUGUACCACGGCUGGAGAAGGUGGAGCCUAUACAGAUAUUGGGUGUGGAGGACGAGAGGUACUGGGACGAGGUCAUGAAAGCGUUGAGGUUCAAGCAGAUUUCUUGGGACCUGCACUGCAUUGUGAAUUUGGUAAACAGCCAUUCUCGAUCGUGAACGGAUGAAGAGAGCGUCAUUCAGAAGUACUGGGAGAUACGGCAUCACCAAGGGGCAUCAUAUAGCACGGGCGCGCGUGGUUCCCACGAAUACAUCGGCAUGAGGGCCAAGCUUCCCCCUCGUACUCGUACACUACAAGUUGACCGGCGUUGGAUAGCAAUCACAAAGUAGGGUACGUUUACGCAAAUUGUCUAUUCUCGGUUCAUGCAUCGUUACAUAGAACCAUUUUGCGUCGCGAAAGUAAG